CACAUACAACGUAUACGUGUCGCACGUAUACCUGUCAUGGAUUCCGAGGAUCGACCGCGGCCACCGCGGGCACGCGUGAUCGCGCGAUUCCCUGCGUGAGAGUGUCGCGCAUCGCACGCACGCACGCACGCACCCACGCACGCACGCACGUACGCACGUACGCACGCCGAGCCGACGGACGGUGUCCGAGGCGUGCACGAGGAAGCACAAUCGGACAAGACUGCCAUCUUCGUCGUCGUCGUCGUCGUCGUCGAUCAUGAGCGUCGCGGUACCGUCGCGCGGAGGAAGGUGCCGUCGUCGCCGUUGGUGAACGAGCUGCUGGGAGAGACGCCCGAGAGAGUCGCACCAACACCGCGUAUCGGGAAGCGCGGCGUGCCGAAAUGAUUACCUUCAUCGGUGACGGGCCUUCUGUUCUCAUUCGGAGCACGGAUCCCGAGGAGCAGGCGGCAGCGGACGAGUGGGAGCUUUAAGAGCCGGAGAACGUGUCGUGCUGGAGAACGACACGCUUAACGUUGUCGCCGCCGUCGUCGUCGUCGACGAGCAGACGGGAAGAGAGUGCACUCUCUCGCAUUCGGCGAGGACAGACCGGCAAGGAACUGCGCGACGAGGAUGAGACAGGUAGUCGUGCUGGAGCCAGCGGGCAGUGUCCUGGUCAUCAGACAGACCUCCCUGGGUGGCGGCGGCGUCGCCACCACCGGCAAUGUCAACUCCAGCCCAACGGGUACUAAUGAUACCCACGCCUUGGUCAAUCACGCCGCCGUCUCCACGAUCGCCUCCAAUGAUCACAAUCAAAACAGGAUAGUCGUGGUGCGCUCAUCUACUUCGUCCACCUGCAUGACGAGUUCGGCCGACAAUCACGUAUCGACCAACGGCAAUAGCAACAUCAACAUUAACACGAACAUUAAUGGGAACCCGGGAGGCAUCAGCUGCAAGCCAUCGUCGAAGGUCGGAAUUGGCGGCGGUGCCUGCAAGCCGAAUGAGAGAAACGACCACCGAAACGAGCAUAAAAACCAGGAAGGAGUCACUAAUAGCAACGAGACAAACCCUGCCGCUGGAUGUCGUCCAAGGACGAGCAAGGAAGCCGCUCAUGAGAAUGUCGUCUCCGACAGGAAGCUCGAUAACGUGGAUCCUAUCUCCCAUGGCGACCCGAUAAAGCUUCCCGAAAAUCUGGAAACGUUGCCGCGAGCUGAACACUUUCCAACUCAGAGGCAUCGAUGGAACACCAACGAGGAAAUCGCCGCCAUCCUAAUCAGUUUUCAGAGGCACGCCGAAUGGCAAAGUCGGGAGGUGAAAGUACGACCACGAAGUGGUUCAAUGUUACUGUAUUCGAGGAAGAAAGUACGCUAUCGGCGCGAUGGUUAUUGUUGGAAGAAAAGAAAAGAUGGAAAGACUACACGGGAGGAUCACAUGAAACUGAAGGUUCAGGGUGUCGAGUGCAUCUACGGCUGUUAUGUGCACUCGGCGAUCCUUCCAACGUUUCAUCGCCGAUGUUACUGGCUACUGCAGAAUCCGGACGUGGUUCUCGUCCAUUAUCUGAACGUCCCUUAUCCGGACGGUGAUGCGAAGCUGGCGGCCUUGCCACCCUGCCUCGCGCUGCCACCUGACAAGAAGGAGUGGACGCGAGACGAGCUAGCGUCGCAAUUAAGGCCCAUGUUCCUCGGUGGAGAUGACGAUCCGAACAAUCCUCAUCUCACGCAGCACUCGAACCAUCCCGUCGACAUGAUAGUCUCUCAGUUGCUUGAUAGGCAGAGGGCAUCCUCCACUUCCUCCACCAGCAGCACUCAACUCGCACCUAGGAGACUUACGCCCGACAAUCAGGUCUCUUCGACAACUCCCCGCGUAUAUUCAAGACAUUCCCAUUCUACUCAGAGCCAACAGCCGGCUCCUCUAGUUUUAAGUUUGCAACAAAUUCAAGGCGGUGGUGGUCUUCUGAUACUCAACAGUCAACCAUAUCAUCAUCAACAGCAGCAGCAGCAACAGCAGCAGCAACAGCAGCAGCAGCAGCAACAGCAACCGCAACAACAGCAACCGCAGCAACCGCAGCAGCAACCGCAGCAACAACAGCAGCAGCAAAGUCAGCAGGUGGAAAUGCAACAGGUCACAGAGCAACAAAUCGUACCGCAAACCAGCGUCGAUCGAGAACAGCAAACGCAGCAAGAAAUUGACGCACAGGAAAGUUUGGACAGAUCUGCUGUGCAGUCUCUGCCAAUGGGCGGUUCCGGUUCCGAGGUGACCGAUUUCGCGGAGACGCUGGAUCUGAGUCAGGAAGACAUUCAGAGGACACUGUCGGCCAAUAUGGUGCCUCCGUCGCCGUCGCCUUCGCCGGCGGACAACAGCAUGAUUAAUCCGAUGGACUUUAUCGACUCGUCGGACGACGUGCUGGUCAAUCUGGACGCGUUCGACGUGUUCGGCGAUUUGCCGGAGCUGCACGACUUCGAGGCCGAGCAGACGAAGCACGAGGAACAGCGAGGUGGUCCCGAGAACGACGUCGGAUGUCAUCCUGGUACAACCGUCCAUAUUGCAGAAUAUAGUCCUGAGUGGAGUUACACCGAGGGUGGUGUAAAGGUAUUAGUUGCUGGUCCGUGGACCGGCGGUAGUGGUUCUCAGUCGUAUUCGGUACUUUUCGACGCGGAACCGGUCGAGGCGUGCCUCGUGCAACCGGGUGUACUGCGUUGUCGAUGUCCCGCACACGCACCAGGAAUAGCGUCCCUCCAGGUGGCCUGUGAUGGUUUCGUCGUGUCUGAUAGCGUUGCCUUCGAAUAUCGUAGAGCGCCGACAAGCGAACCUAGCCCAGAGAAAGCUCUGCUGGACCGUCUUGCGGACGUUGAGGCCCGUCUACAGGGUCCCGGUCCGCCGUCUCCCGCGGCUCAUCUGGAAGAGCGACUGGUUGCUUAUUGCCAGGAUGCUGUUGUCCGUCCUUGGCGAGCUGGAGCGGAACCUCUUCAAUCCGGUGGGCCUACUCUUCUGCACUUGGCGGCCGGAUUGGGAUACUCCAGGUUAGCCUGUGCACUCCUUCACUGGAGAGCAGAAAAUCCUAGUAGCAUUUUAGACGCCGAGGUUGAUGCUCUUAGGCAGGACAGCGCCGGCCUUACGCCACUUGCUUGGGCUUGUGCGGCAGGGCAUGCCGACACCGCCAGGAUUCUUUACAGAUGGAAUGCUAUGGCACUACGCGUGAGGGACUGUCAGAAUAGAACGGCGACCGAGCUGGCCGCGGAGAACGGUCACACGGCGAUCGCCGAAGAACUGAAUCAGCUCGAGACCCGAAGGCAAGACGAGAGGCUUUUCUUGCGACCCGCCAGCCCUAGCCCUAGGCGGCCAUCUCAAGACAGCGGUCUCGAUCUGGCGUUGUGUGGUUCGCCGCUGCUGGACAACAUGGAAUUGUUACAAGAAGAUGAGUCGUCGUUAGGCCUCAGCGAACAGGGAAUGGAGAGCGCUCCGACCCCUCAGGAGACCGUAGGGGAAGAAGACGCGAGGGUGCUGACAUUGGCAGAGCAAAUUAUAGCAGCGCUACCGGAAAGGAUCAAGAGGGCGGAGGGUGAUUCUCCGUCUUCUUCUUCGCCACCACCACUCACGGCGCCUCUGUCACCCUUGGAAGAUGCUCUCAUGGAACAAAUGCCUCUCGACUCCGGGGAACUGUUCGACUCAUACCGUGACUGCAGCGGCGGCGCCGCUUCAGUUUCGGACGCCGAUGCCGACGCCAGUCCCUCGAGUCCUUCCAGCAGUUGCCUGACGCCAGACUCACCGUCCCCGCCGCCCACCACUGCUGAUUUCUGCGAGUUUCUGCAGCUGCAAUUGCAACUUGAUGGCAACGGUAACGCUCACAGCGGUCAGUACUACUCGAAUGGCUGCGGUGAGCGCAAAUUGAACGGCAUGAUCGGUUCCGGAGCCAUGACGGCGAUUGGUGCCGGAAACGGCGAUGGCAACGGUGAGGCGGAUCUCAGCAGAUUGACGCUAUCCGAUCGCGAACAGAGAGAGCUUUAUCAUGCCGCCAGAAUGAUCCAGAAGGCAUACAGGAAUUACAAGGGUCGCCAGAGGCAGGAGGAGGCUGAAAGGCAUGCUGCCGUUCUAAUUCAACAGUACUAUCGCCGUCAUAAACAGUACGCUUAUCACAGGCAAGCUACAAAGGCAGCGCUGGUGAUCCAGAACAACUAUCGAAAUUAUCGCUCGCGGCCGGGCUCGGCCAGCGUGAGGCAACAGGCGGUCCAUCAGCAGGCGGCUCAUCAGGCAGCGAGGAAGAUUCAACAAUUCAUGCGGCAGUCCAAGAUCAAGCUGCAGAACGCCAAGGCCGUCGCAAACGGGAACGGGAGGCUGCCAGCGGUCAUUUCACGGGCGGCUGCUGUCCCCCAAAGCUCGCCCUCAUCUAGCCCAGGGGCCAGCCUAGUAGUCGCCAGCCCGGGGGUCACCUAGUUGACAGUCAGUCCAAUGGCACGCGGAGCAGCGGCGACGAUAAUUCAGUAGCGAAAUAACACGGCCGGUGACGAGAGCCGUUGGUGAACGACGCCCCGGAACGGCCGUCGCGACGCUCUGAGGGAGUAUGCGAGGUUGUCAACGACGACUACAACUAUUACGAGAGGGUACCAGACGUACGACACGGAUGAUAUACGGUUUUGUUCUCUGCGUCUCUGAUUUGCGUACCCGAUGGUUGACCAACGUCAAAUCUUACCUAUUCAAUCUUUUUUGUCCCUCACACUAUUAUUGAGUUAACACCGCGUCUCAUUCUCGACCGCUCGUUCAUUUCGCUUGUAUCUUACGCUAUUAUCGCACUCUACGCGUCCCUGCAUCUUCUUCGAGCGAGUAUUGGAAUAGCAGUAAAUAGGCGAGCCAUAAGUGGGUUUGCUAAAAAUCUAUACGAGAUCGAUCGACUGAAAAAGCUUGUAGAAUACAGUUUCUCCUCUCGCUUAAAGUGUAAGACAUAUGUAUCGUGUUUCUUCAAAGAGUACGAGAUCCGCUUAGUCAAACAUAUAAGUUGAUUCCUUGUUAUACGUCGCGACAACAUCGAAGUUGCCGAGCCGUUCCCGUGAAAUUUUAUUAAAUCCUUGUAUGCACCGAGCUAAAUCGCACAAAAUCGUUGUCGCUUUCGUAGGUUCAAAUAGCUUGCGAAUUUGCCAUCGGCAGAUUCUACAGGAAACCGCAGAUCUUUUCAAAACGAAAUAUUUCUUCAAAGCUCUUUGUAAAUGCAGACAUGUAUUUCUCUUUUAAUGACACCAGUCGAUCGGAUUCGCCUUCUUUCCUUGAACGAGAAGCACAUAAACUGAUUAUAUAAAUUUUGAAAAUUGUAACAUGCAGCAUGAUGAAACGCAGAGUUCGUUUUUAGUAAUUUAUUUAUUAUAA